UGUCAUGUGCGUCAGUAGAACAUCCAUUAAUAGCCUGAGCCGAGACGAUGCCCUUGCCCCUCUACUUCCUAUAAGUUGAGUUUUUAGUUCAGUCAGGUACAAGUAGCAGGUUUAGUGCAGACAAGGAUCUCAAUUCCCUCGAUAAAGUUUGUCAAGAUUAGGCAGCAGUCACGAUAUAAAAGCAUUUGUGCACUAGUUUUCCUUCAGUGGCCUAGGCUCACAGCACCAUCAACUGAUUCCAACAUUCUUGAGCCUGUGAAUUUGGCUAAGGCCUGGAGUUGCAGUAACUACUGCCAGUUUUGCAGAAUCUAAAGUUCUUCCGUCGGACGAACUUCAAGACUAGUUUUUAUAUAACAUCACAUUUAGCGCAGAUGGCCAAUCUGCGCCUUUCCAAGUCGACCGCUCUCAGAGUGACCACAUUCUAUCUGCUCGCGUGGGUGGUUUUCGGAGCAGACUCCGAUUUCAGCUACUAUGGAAGAAGCGAUGCCUCUGGCCCUCGGCCUGAUAUGUGGGGUGAGCGGCCUGAGUGGCGGACGUGCAAGGACGGUAAGGAGCAAUCGCCCAUCAACAUUGUCACGGCGAACUCGACUUUCGUGAGUGACUUUUACAGACUCGAUACAUCUUACUCUCCUGCCAACGGCACUUUUUUCAUCGACAGCGCUGACAUUCUUGAGGUGGAGUUGCAGGGCGGUGGAAAAUUCACUAUCGGUGAUACGGAGUACUUCCUGCAGCAAUUCCAUUACCACUCUCCGAGUGAACACACAAUUGACGGAGUCAGGUUCCCAUUGGAGAUGCAUUUGGUCCACAAAUCCAACAGCGGAGAUCUUGCUGUGAUCGGAGUUUGCUUCUCCUUGGGUGAAGAGAAUCAGUGGCUUGCUCCGUUCUGGAAGAAGUUGCCUCUCUUGACCAGCAAAGAUGUGGUGGUGAACUUCACCAACAUCGAUGUGGGCGACUCGAAAUUGCACCUCGGACCCGCCUACGCUCGUUACGGAGGAUCUCUCACCACCCCUCCCUGCAGCGAGAAAGUCACCUGGACAGUCAUUCUCGGGGAGGUCAAUACAAUCUCUGAGAGGCAAAUGUGGGCUUACAGCAAGAUGCUUCCGCACUCGAAUGCAAGGCCUGUUCAGAAGUUGCACGGCAGGAAAGUGAAGAAUGGCGUUGGUAUCUUCAAGAGACGAUAAGCUGGCACCUAAUAGUUGCAUUAUGAGAAUUCAAUGGUAGCUUGGAAACAACUUUUGGUAUCACAGUCUCGAUUAUUUAGUUAGAAUCACACACAGAUUUUCUGUUUUUCUUCUUGACCCAAAGUUUCACAUCAGAAAGUGGGUUGGGAAAUGACGGGAUAGGAAAUUUUUUAUCCAACUUUGAACACUACGAAGGAGGGUUUGGAUUGUUUAGUUAGUAGAUGGCGAUAGGUCAGUUAAGUUUUCUCGUAAUGUAGAAUACCUCUGACCUUCGCGUAGUACGCAAGUGUUAGUGAGUGGAGGAUAAAUUAAUUACCACUGCUCUCAAGUUGGGCAACCGAUUGAUUCCACUUGCUGUCUUAAUUUCCAUAUCCGCAUGUUGAUUCUGGGCGAAUCACAAGCGAAGAAUAAUACAAGAAUCACCUCUGGGAAAAAUCCCUUUCAUUACG